AUGGAUUGUAUGCUCCGUUGUGCCAAUGGGGCUCAUUCCGAGCUGUCUACUACCCUCGGACCGUCUACAGGGUUCCUCAAAGGAUUUCCAAAACAGACACCACAAUAUGCCCAGGCUGUGGAAAUUGUGAUUAUAGUCAAGGUUGACGACAGUAAUCCGAAAAUUGUUAUCGAGCAAUGGGAAAAGAUUGCCUCAAAUCCUUCACGACUCGGUACGGCCACUCGAAUCCCUACUGCGCGGGUUGCAACGAAAAUGCUAGCUAUCCCAAUCUCUCGAGUCAGCCAUACAGCUUUGGUCAGCGGAGUUCUUCGUCUGCCUUUCGAAAAGCUUUUUCGACAACCAGCAGAUCCGAUGAAUUCUGCAGAACAGGAUGUCAUUUGCACCACACAAGGCCUUGAGCUAAUGGCAAAACGAACCUGGGAGGCCCAAGAAUUGUCUGGUGAGUGA